GAGAAAAUUACGUUUGACCAUUACAACUCCUGCCCCCUCUUCCUUUCACAAAACUCACCGGCCACCACCACCAGAACAACCACUAUCUAAACCACCACCAGCUAAGGUGGAUGCAAAGUUAUCAGGCAUAGAGAACAUAAAUAGCCGCACAACCAAUUGGCUCUUCUCAGGGACACACAAAGGACACAGAAACAACGCAUCAAGACCCUUUUGUCUCCCAAGAAUUCUCGAUUGUGAAUUAUUUCCUAACAAGCCUCGUUGAUUUGAGCUCUACGAUUCUAGUCCGCUUGGGCCAUGGCGGACAUCGUGAAAGAGAUCUUGGCAAGGCCAAUACAAUUAGCAGACCAAGUCACAAAAUCAGCAGAUGAGGCACAAUCUUUCAAACAAGAUUGUCUAGAACUCAAAGCCAAAACAGAGAAGCUUGCUGGGCUUUUACGCCAAGCCGCUCGUGCCAGUAAUGAUCUUUACGAACGUCCAACGAGGCGAAUCAUCGAUGACACCGAACAAGUCCUCGACAAGGCCCUCACUCUUGUUAUCAAAUGCCGCGCCAGCGGAAUUAUGAAACGAAUGUUCACUAUCAUCCCUGCUGCCGCAUUUCGAAAAAUAUCGACGCAGCUAGAAAAUUCAAUAGGAGAUGUUUCUUGGCUCUUGCGAGUCUCAGCUCCCGCUGAUGAUCGCGACGAUGAGUAUUUAGGCUUGCCUCCUAUUGCCGCCAAUGAGCCAAUUCUGUGUCUCAUAUGGGAACAAAUUGCAAUACUUUAUACGGGGAGUUUAGAAGACAGAUCGGAUGCUGCAGCUUCAUUGGUUUCCUUGGCUAGAGAUAAUGACAGGUACGGAAAGUUGAUUAUAGAGGAAGGUGGGGUUGCACCAUUGUUAAAGUUGGCUAAAGAUGGCAAAAUGGAAGGUCAGGAAAAUGCUGCCAGAGCUAUUGGGUUAUUAGGACGUGAUCCGGAAAGCGUCGAACAGAUUGUGAAUGCUGGGGUUUGCACCGUGUUUGCCAAAAUCCUCAAAGAAGGUCACAUGAAAGUUCAGGUUGUGGUGGCUUGGGCUGUUUCUGAAUUAGCUGCACAUCAUCCGAAAUGCCAAGACCAUUUUGCGCAAAACAACACAAUUCGAUUUCUCGUCAGUCAUCUUGCGUUUGAGACUGUCCAAGAACACAGCAAGUACGCAAUUGCAAGCAAAAAUAAAAUGUCGAUUCAUUCAGUUUUGAUGGCUACUAGUGAUACUAGUCCCGAUGAAGAUGAACCCGCCACAAAAAUUCAUCAUCCAGUGGAUAAUAAAACUCCUACUCCAAUCCAGAUGCACAGUGUGGUGGCCAAUACCAUGGCAAUGAGAAGUCAGACUCUUAGCAAUAACAAACCAACACAAACCCAAACCCAAACCCAAAAUCUCUCAACAAAUCACCCCAAUACUAAUCAUUCGAACCAUGCUAAAGGCAACCACAAUAUUCCGAAACAACAGCAUCAUCACCAUGUGUCAUUGGCCGGGACUAGCAUCAAGGGUAGGGAAUUUGAAGAUCCUGCUACCAAAGCACAAAUGAAGGCAAUGGCAGCAAGAGCACUUUGGCAACUCGCAAAGGGAAACGUCACCGUAUGCCGUACCAUCACAGAGUCAAGAGCGCUUUUAUGCUUUGCAGUUUUGUUAGAGAAAGGUCAUGAUGAAGUUCAAUCCUAUUCAGCAAUGGCAUUGAUGGAAAUAACAGCAGUAGCUGAACAAAAUUCUGACUUGAGACGCUCCUCGUUCAAGCCCACAUCCCCUGCUGCCAGAGCAGUUGUUGAUCAGUUACUAAAAGUGGUUGAGAAAGCAGUCUCGGACCUCCUCAUACCAUGCAUCCAAGCUAUUGGCAACUUGGCUAGGACAUUUAGAGCAACAGAAACCAGGAUGAUUGGGCCAUUGGUGAAGCUAUUAGACGAAAAGGAACCUGAGGUUACAAUGGAGGCAGCAAUUGCCCUGAACAAGUUCGCAUCGCCAGAAAAUUUCCUCUGCGUGAAUCACUCCAAGGCUAUUAUUGCUGAAGGAGGUGCCAAACACCUAAUUCAACUUGUUUACUUCGGUGAACAAAUGGUUCAAGUUCUCUCUUUGAUUCUCCUUUGCUACAUUUCAUUGCAAUGCCCUGACAGUGAGGUUCUUGCGAACGAAGAGGUCCUUAUUGUGCUAGAGUGGUCAACAAAGCAGGCUCAUUUGUUACAAGAACCUGAAAUCGAAUCUUUGUUACCGGAAGCAAAGAGUAGAUUGGAACUGUAUCAAUCAAGAGGUUCGAGAGGAUUCUAUUAACUCAAUACCUUCAUGCAGCGUGAUGAAAUUCUUCCAUCUUUUUCCUGUUUUUGUUCUUUUUCAGUGUACAUAAAUUAGCAUUACUGUUAUCAUUAAUGUCGUGGUAACUAAUUGCUUAGGAAGGUAACAAAAGCUUCUCGCAUUCAAUUUCAAUUGUUAACCAACAUCUUCUAAUUAUCUCCUACCGAGGAGCCUGUUUUUCA